UAGCGCUUUAAAAUAUGGGUCAUUAGUCGUUCAUAAAGGACACGGUGCGGUCUCGUGAGACACGUGAUUCCUCUGAUUCCUAUUAUUCCGUGGAUUCCUCGAUCUCGCCAUGAGUAACUCACGGACUGUGUCUAAAGGUGAACUGAUAACUGCUCUCUCGGUCACUGCUGGAGCCAUGGCCGUCGGCUUCCUGAUCCACAAAACAUUAUUUUCCAAAUCUAAAUGUGUGAAACCCAAAGUGAACCUGGAUCUUCAGAAAGACAACCCCAAAGUGGUGCACGCUUUUGAUAUUGAGGACCUGGGAGAUAAGGCUGUCUACUGUAGAUGUUGGAGAUCCAAGAAGUUUCCAUACUGUGAUGGUGCUCAUGCAAAACACAAUCAAGAAACAGGGGACAAUGUCGGACCUCUGAUCAUUAAAAGGAAGGAUGCAUGAGUGUGAGAGUUGAUGUACACAGAGUAGACAUUUGCAAUCCCAAGUGAUGCACUGACAGAGAUUACUAUAUAUUUUGCCUCAUACUAAAAUUUUGGGUUUUCUUGUUAUAGCUGCCUGUGUCUGAAUGUCUGUACAUGCUUCAUUUUUUUUUCUUCUCCAUCUUGUCUAAGUGCAGAUGUAAAUAUUGAGAAAAUACCACCACAUUGUACCUUAAUGUUAGUGAUGAAAUUAGCACUACAUUUUUCACAUAGUUUUUCCUGCACACUAGCUGCUUGUUGUAACCAACGGUGACAAAAGCACUUGAGUGAAUGUGGCAUGACAAGAUUGUAUGUUUGAAAGCCAUAAAAAUAAAUGAACCAAAAAAAAUACAUAAACUGUAUAAAAGAA